CCAGGGCAUGAGCUUCACGCUUAUACUAUCGGCAUACUUUGCGCGUUACCGAUAGAGCUCGCCGCCGUGCAGCUCAUGCUGGAUGAAACCCACCAGGAACAGCGCCUUGAUCCCCGAGACGAUACUCAGUAUACGCUUGGCAGUAUUAGAGACCACAACGUCGUCGUUGCAUGUCUAUCGGCAGGGCAGAUUGGUAUUGGGGCGGCUGCCUCCCUAGCUACCAGAAUGAGUGCAAAGUUCCCGAGUCUACGAUUCGGCCUCAUGGUCGGCAUUGCGGGGCGGUGUACCAGGAGAUGCUCGAUCCGAUAUCAGAUUAGGAGAUGUUGUUGUGAGUCAGCCAUUUGCGGAUCAUGGAGGAAUAAUACAGUACGACCUUGGGAAAUCCUUACCCGAAGGUUUCAAACGUACCCAGUACUGGAUUCCUCAACGCUCCCCCACAGCCCCUCCUCCAGGCGCUUGUAAAUCUCCAAGCACGACACCUUCGUGGAGAGAACGGUUUGACGACGCAUCUUGAACUUAUAAAAAAUUCAGCAAAUUUCAAGCGGCCUGGUCCUGAAUCAGACGUUCUGUUCAAAACCUUCUACGAGCACCGAAAUGAGAGGCCAAACUGCAGUGACUGUGAUCAGUCUCAAAAGGUUAAACGAGAGUCUCGGAAACACAGCUCUGUUGUUGUUCAUUACGGCGCGAUAGCUUGUGGGAAUCGUGUUAUAAAAAAUGCCAGAGACAGGGAUUCGAUCAGCUCUCGACUCGGGGGGGUCCUGUGUUUUGAGAUGGAGGCGGCGGGUCUAAUGAUUAACUGGCCCUGCCUUGUGAUAAGGGGAAUCUGCGAUUAUGCCGACUCCCACAAAAACAAACAAUGGCAACCUUUUGCCGCAGCUGCAGCAGCUGCGUAUGCAAAAGAGCUCUUAUCAAUAAUCCCCGGAGCCAAAAGAAGAAAUGAUAUCGCGGAACCACUGCACCGC